UCUAAAUGAAGUUUAAGAAUUUAGUUUAGUUUUUGGAGGUUUAUGUCAUGAUGUAGCUCAUAGAGGAAGGACAAACGCUUUUGAAGUAAAUACUAUGAGUAAAUUGGCUAUCAGAUAUAAUGAUUAAAGUGUAUUAGAAUAACACCAUAUAGCUCGUACGUUUAAAAUAUUAAGGGAGAACAGUGCAAAUAUAUUUAAGAAUUUAACUAUUUAAAAUGUUUAAUUAAUACGAAAAUAUCUAAUUAAUAAUAUAUUGGCUACAGAUAUGAGCAAACAUUUUGUUUAUUUAAAAGAUUUCUAAUAAGAGUUUUUAGAAGGUGAGGAAAAAAAAGAUAUUUCUAAACUUGAAGAAAAAGAUAUUAAUAUUUUAACUGGUAUUCUUACUCAUACUUCCGAUUUCCAUCAUUCUGCUUAAGUAUUUGAAAUUAGUAGAUAAUGGAGUGUUUUAGUUAAUAAAGAAUUUAUAUUUAGAAGAGGGAAAAAAGGUAUUUAAUAAACUGCUUAUCUUAAAGAUCUUGAUAAAAUGCAUAUUUAUGCAAAAAAUGAGGCAGGGUUUAUAAAAAUGAUUGUAAAACCUUUAUGGGAAACUAUAAAUAGAUUCCUUAAUAGUCAGAUUUAAGAAUAAGUUUAAAAUUUAGAAAAUUCUAUUGUUUAAUGGAAUGCUUUAUAAGAAUAAGCUUAAAUAGAAGAAGAGUUAAAUAAAAAAAAAUAAGAAGAAAAUUUAUAAAAGAGCAAAUAAUAAGUUAAUAUAAAUGUUAAAUUGAAAAAUUUAGUUUGA